ACACUCAUUUCCUCAAACCUACACCAGCCAGUAAGUACAUAGCUAAAGACACCCAAUUAGAAAAAUCUUCCACGGCAGUGUCGACCCCUACCACCUAACACCCAUCACCCUACUCCACCGCCAGCCGCCAUGUCGGACGAUAAAGUGUGCAGCCACCACAAGAACAAGCGGCGGAAGCUCCUCCGGCGGUGCUGCGCGGGAUUCCUGAUCCUGGCCUUCCUGGUCCUCCUGGCGGUGCUGAUCAUUUGGGCCAUCCUCCAGCCCAAGGAGCCCCGGUUCCUCCUCCAGGACGCCACCGUCUUCAACCUCAACGUCUCCGCCCCCAACGUCAUCUCCACCACCAUCCAGCUCACCAUCAGCUCCCGGAACCCCAACUCCCGGAUCGGCAUCUACUACGAGCGCCUCCGCGUCUACGCCAACUACAACAACCAGCAGAUCACCACCCCCACCGGAAUCCCGCCGGUCUACCAGGGCCACAAGGACGUCAACAUCUGGUCCCCCUUCAUCUUCGGCGCCAACGUCCCCGUCGCCCCUUACAACGGCCUCCUCCUCGGCCAGGACAAGUCCAACGGCGGCGUUAAUUUCAAAUUCAAAAUUGACGGCCGCGUCAAGUGGAAAGUCGGCGCCUUCGUCUCCGGCCGCUACCAUCUCCACGUCACCUGCCCCGCCUUCGUCCCUAUCGGAAAUAGCAAGAACACCGGAAUCGUCGUCGGCAACGCCAUCAAGUAUCAGAUUUCCAGGAGUUGCAGCGUCGAUGUCUGAUUCCGACCAGAUUUUUAAAAAAAAGAAAAAAAUCACGCCUGUACGUUAUAUAUAUACUGGGAUUUCUUUCUUUUGAUUUCUAUCUUCUUUUUCUUUCAUCUUGAAGCAAGGCUCUCGAUAUGGUGGAUGUUUAAGAAUUACUGUGAAUGAAUAAUUGAAGAAUUAAUUAUAAAUUAUUAUUAUUAUAUGGA